CAGCAUAACUAUGAUCAAUCGUCGCCAGCGUUUGGAAUUCGCCCUGACCCUUUUGCCCUACGAUCCCGAGACGGUUCAGCUUUCGGAGACGCAGAAAAAGGUGGAGCAGAUCAUAGCCCGCCUGCGCACAGAUGACUCAUUCGCGGAGGAGGAGGGCGAGGAUGGUAAGAUGCGGCGUAUCCAGGAAGCCAACGAAUUUGCCGAUUGUGCCAUGCGUCACAUUGAAAUGUCGGACAAUGGUAAGAUGAGCACCCUGGAAACCCUGACACUGGCUGCUGAGAAACUACUAAGAUCGCAGCGAUCGCCGCGAAAUGAAGAUGAGCCGGAUCAGGAUUUCGAUGACAUUGUGCAGGAUGUGGAGAACGCGCAGCUGAUGAGGAGCACCAUCCUGGCGGUCAAUGAGGCGCGCAUGAAGCUCCUCCAGCAAUGGGAGCGCAGCAAGCGCAAGGCCCUGGAUCUCCUGACCAUCGAGAUCGAGAAGGUGCAGGAAAUGGACCGGGAGCAGGAGCAUGAACAGGAACAGGAGCCAGAUCAGGAGCAGGAGGGUUCUGAGCCUUUUGAUGUGUUUCGCGAUGGCGCCGAUGAGCACAACACCUCGACGCCAAGAACGAAUGAUGAGGACCUUGGUUUGGAUGAUGACGAUGAGGAUUAUGUGCCCGGUGGAGGCGAGGAACCGGUGUCAAACAAGAGGAAACGUCCCAAGAAGCCAGUGACCUCCACGCCGAAUGCGAAGCGUCCGUGUCCUGGCUUUGAAUUCGACCAGGACAGCCAGUCGCCGAUGGUGAUGAUCGGUCCUAAUGGCACCGAGGUAUCCCGCGUCAGCCUGAGCGCCAUCAACUGGGACAUGACCGGACCCUCGAUCACCCGGAAGCUACUAUGCGAGAUCUUUGACCGGGACACCCUGGCCCACCACACGCUCUCCGGAAAACCAUCUCCGGCCUUCAAGGACUGUGCCCGUCCCAGCAAACAGCAGCUGGAUCCGCUCAAGGUGGCCGAUCUGGUCUACCUGAUGACCAACAGCCUGGACAUGACUCCCCGGGAAGUGCGCACCGCCAUCACCACGAAAUGUGCGGAUGAGAACAAGAUGCUCCGAUCGCGAAUGCAGCGCAAAUCGAAGUAGGGGAUUUCCAAGGAUCCCCAGGAGAUUCUACUUUACAACUACUUAGGGAAUUCUUUAGUUUCCAGAGAUAUUCUUUGAAAAAGAGAACAUUUUUAAGGCUCCAGAAAAUUUCUCUUAGAUUCUUUAAGGAAUUUUUAAAGAAAAAAGGAUUUUGUAGAUGUUUCCUGGGGGUUGUUUUGGAAUGACCUUGCUUAAUCUCUCAUAUCAUAUCAUACAUUAAUCCUUAAUAAUUUCGUGCCGAUACUAUAGCAAACUUAGUCACGGCACAGCCGAAAAAAGCCAGUGCACCGAUUGAAUAAAGUUACCCAUUU